AUGGCGCCGAACCUCUCGAGAGAAACUCAAGCAAAAGAUCACAAGCCGCAGACUUUAUUGACACUUGCUGAAUUGCUCGCUCGAAUUCGAGAUUAUCGACUCGCCAGCGAGGUUAUCUGUUGUAGUGCCUCGUUUUCUAUUCAAGAAUUCAUUUCUGAUCGUAGAUUAAAUGUCCGUCUUCAUACAGACGAUGUUAUCACUUCUGGUUUUUUUACGAAUGACGUUGAUCGAGAGGAUGUGAAUGAUGGACUCAAAAUCGCGAAUGAACUUAUUCAACAGCUUCAGAUUCUCGAGUUAACUGACGCAAAGAAAAAGGAGUUGGAAGAGGGAACUUUUGACGAU